CACAUUCAAGGAAGAAGAAAGGGGAAAAGAUCCUUUCUAAAUCUGACAAAUGGAACCGGCUUCUAUUCAAAGAAACGAUCUUAGAUUCUCAGCGGUACAAGAUUAAAUCUUCUUCAUCAUAACAUCCAUCUUCAUCUUCUAAACGGAGGCAUCCGUUAUUGGUCAAUUCGGUACCUGGAGUCUGAAUCAUCAUGACCGAUCCAUUUCCAAGUCCUACUCCCGCUCUGCCGAAUGAACGUAAAAGUGAUGAAGAAUCACCAGAAACAACAGCAAACACAACCAGUACAGCCAUCACUGAACCAUCACCAAGAGCUGAAGAAAAUGCACCGCCAGCACAAUAUAUGCGUUUGAGCAGGAUAAGCUGUGAUCCUUGCAGAAAGAGAAAGUUACGUUGUAGCAGAACGAUGCCUUGUACGACUUGUGUAAAACGUGGAAUCGCUGAUAAGUGCUACCAAGACACACCUGCUGAAGAUGGAAAGACGUCAACUCAUUCUACACCAGCUGCAAGUACUUCUAAAGUUCGCCAUGCUACUUCUCCAUCAGAUCAUAGCGUCACACAUGCAAGUCCCAGUAAUGCUAGAAGGCACUAUAGUGGGGAAAAUGCUGCAAAGCGGCAAAAGAAGAACUCAAUCUCAUCAACGCGAGCAAAUGGGGACGGCCACAAUUCAAACGGCGCCGGCCCAAUCUUGGCCGGGGCAGAUCAGAUUCAUCAUGAUCUGUCUACCCUUCGUCAACAAUUGCAUUCGCUCUCAGCCAUCACAAAUGCAUCUGAAAAUUCAAUAGAAGCAGUAUUGCAAUCUAUGCAAGCUGGAAAGGCAAAUACCUCUUUUGAGCUACAAUCUGUUCAAGGCUCAGGCCCUGAUGGUUUGGUGCGUUGGAACGAUGUUGCACCAUACUUGCCCUCAUUGGACGAGUGUGAAGAAUUGAUCAGGUUGUUCUUUGAAGACCUGGGCUACUAUUUCCGUGUCACACAGCGUUCAAUGAUCGAUAAGUACUGGCAUAAGUUGCUGGAGGGUGCCGGGUUGGAACGCAACAAAGUGAGAAUUAUCUGUAUCAUUAUCACUCUCGCCAACGGUACCGCACCGCCAAAGUCAAGAGUCAAUAGAGCGUCUUUCAAGACUCACCACGAAUGGAUCAACCUUAUGGGCAACCCGCUAACAACACCUUUCGGUCAGCAUACAGACAACUCUUUCGAAAGCAUCUCAGCAUUGAUGUUGUUAGCAAUCUACUACAUGUUCAUCGGCAAGCAUGAUCGGAUAUGGGAGUGUAUGGGCGUAGCUGUCCGAAAAGGAUUUAAUUUGGGCUUGUUUGACGAACGCCAUCGAGCUUGGGGCCCUUUGUCAAGUUUGGAAAAAGAAUAUCGAAGACGGUUGGCAUGGUAUCUGCUCUCACUCGAACGCUGGCAAGCAUUCAUGCGUCAAUUGCCCUCCGCUUUGCAUCCCGACAACAUUCAUAUCUCUUUACCAUCUUUUGAACACGAUUCAGUCGUGGCAAGGGGACAGCUUCCUCCACCUCAGAUUUUGCCAACGUUUCCGAUGACAAUGGCAGACGGACGAUUGCAAACACACGUUCGAGCAAAUGAUGGACAUGUGGUCAAAUUUGUCUUUAUUGAGUUGUUGGCCGUUUGUCAUGAAUUUUUGGAUCGUUUUAGCUCUUUGACCAGUUCGCAGAGGUAUAGCAGAGCACAACAAAUUGAUGAUCUGCUGGAACGAACGUUAAUUGACGGAUUGACGGAUGUAGGAGUGGAUUUGACCGAUUUGCGUUAUCUUCGUUAUUUGUCAAGUCAAUCGUUGGAAGCAUGUCCGAAGGAGAAACAACUAGGGAUCAGUAUGUGGCUUUCUCAUCUAUUCUUCCUUCGUUGCACCAUCACCAGACGAUUCUUGACUGACGAGAAUGCACCAACACAUUUACGAUUCGUCAGUUUGACAUAUGCACAAGGAAUUGUUUCUGCCAUUCCAACGCUAACACGAAUCGUAAAAGAAGGCUCACAACCUGUUCAAAUGACGUGGAAUGCUAACCACUUGCUAUGUGCAGCAACAGCAUUUGCGGUCGUCAUUUUGGGACAUGAUCCGUACGCUGGUAUUGACUCUGAUCCCCUAAGGGCAUUGACGGGUAAAUCACGCCGAAGCAGUUUCCCGCAAGAGCAGGUUCAGUGGUUGGCCGAUAAUAUCUUCUCUACUUUGGAAUGUCUUGACAUUCUUGUCAAUCGUGGCAACGGAACAGCACUUGUUGCCAAGCAAUUACUUGAAGGUUUGGUUGGAUCACAAGAGGAAUUACGUACGCUUUACCGUCAAAGGGUGUCAAUCGGUAGUUUCAAUAAUGAGAUGGCGAGACACAAGCGUGACUCUCUUCCACCUAUGCAGGAGAGCCUAUAUGCACCGCCAAAUUACAGCGCAAUGCCUAUAGUUUCAUCCAGAUCAUCAUCUUCUCAUCGCUCUCCCUCUUCUUCUUUGGUAGGAACACCAGUGGCAGCGCAUGCAUCCACACCAAUGCAUCAAGCUUCAACGCCGUCUUAUACAUAUCAACAACCUCGUUCAUUACCACCCAUGCAACCCUACCCACCAACAACAGGAGGUAGAUCGAAUUCCGCUUCCAAUACCGCGGCAGGAGGAGGAAAUGCGCCAUUGAUUGGUAGAUUUAUCAAUGCAUCUUCUUUGUUGGAUGCAGUUUUGAUGGAACCUUUGGAUCCGGAUUUCGUUGGAAAAAGUAAUACAUCGGAUUUGUUAGCUUCUCUUUUGCAACAACAGCAAGAGUAGCAAAAAAGCGUAUUUUAUAAUAAACCUUUUGUCUUAUUUGAUUGUCUUUUUUAAUAGCAUAUUUGUACUUUUAUGUUUGUCUUUAAUGUUCUUGCAUAUUUGUUUCUUCU